AUGGACUUUCUGGCACCAGAAAAACAGCAGCAAGAGGACCAAGUUCCAAGCAGAAACAGGGAAAAGGCCAGGCGCCUGUCUAUCAAACCAAACGAUCUAACUUCCAUGGAAGUAAAGUGCCGUACCGGAUUCCGAGAUUUUCCAAGCCUCCUCUCCUACGCGAUUGUUGUGUGCGGUGGUGAUUUGGAUCGUCUAUUCAAAACAUGUUCCAAACUCACUUGGCUUGAAGAGUGGUUGUUUUACUUUGAGUUCAAGUACAGUUUCACAACUGGUGGUAGGUGGCAAGACUAUGAGAAGAUGUACAAGACCUCACAGAAGCCCCUUGGAAAGAUCCUGUUGAAAAAGUUGUCGCUUGAGCUUGGCACACGAGACCAGUGGCCCAUGUAUGCUAGCUAUGAGGAAGACGCAACCUUUCGUGACAGAAAAUGGGAUGAGUAUUUCAAUCCAGCCACUGGAGAGAGAGAGUUGUGA